ACUAUUGUAAAAAUUUUUUGUCAACCAACAAAUGAAUAUUCAACAUUAUCAUCCAUAUCAAUGAAUUUUGAUAAUCAAACAAAUUUUGAUCCAUUAAUUAUUGUUACAUUAUCAUCGGCAAAUGAUUCUAAAUGGACAGAAUUAUGUCCAUGUCGAUUAUGUCGUUAUGAUGAUCAAGGUAAUCGUGAAAUUAUAUGCGAUACCGGUGGUUAUAUUGAUAUACCAUUUGAUCGUAUAUCAUCGAAUGUUGAUUCGAUUGUAAUUAGUGCACCAAAUGAUCGACCAAAUAAUUUAACAUUAGGUCCAUUGUUUUAUCGUUUUCCUCGGUUAAAAAAAUUACGUAUUACAAAAAGUCGUAUACCAGCAAUUGGUUCAUCAACAUUUCGUUAUCGUACAAUAUUACAAACAUUGGAUUUAAGUCAAAAUUUAAUUAAACAUCUUAUUGAUUCAAAUUUUCAUGGAUUAAGACAAUUGGAAACAUUGAAUCUAAGCCAUAAUCUAUUGUCGGAAUUAGCAUCCGGAACAUUUCAACAAUUAUAUCGAUUAAAACAUUUAAGUUUAGCAAAUAAUCGUUUGGAUACAAUAACAAUAAGACUGUUUUAUAAUCUAACAAAUUUAAUAACAUUGGAUUUAAGUUCAAAUCCAAUUCAUGAAAUUCCACCAAAAAAUAUAAUCGAUUUACGUUCAUUACAACAAUUAUCAUUACGUAAUUGUCAAUUAAAACAAAUUCAUUCAUUAUUUUAUCAAAAUUUACCAAAUCUUAAAAUAUUAGAUUUGCGUAAUAAUUACCUGAAAAUAAUCAAUACAUUUGAAUUCAGUUCAUUACAUCAAUUAAUUGAUUUAUAUUUGGAUUAUAAUCAUCUAAAUCAAAUUGAUUCAUUAGCAUUUGUUGGCCUAAAUCUACGUCAUUUAUCAUUAUCAAAUAAUUAUCUCAUCGAAUUACCUGAGCAAACAUUUUCCAAUUGUACAAUCAUUGAAUUAGAUUUAUCUACAAAUAAUUUUACCACAUUUGAUUCGAAAAUUUUUGAAUCAUUAAGUAAUGAUUUAAAAAAAUUAUCAUUAAACAAUAUAACAACAUUAAAAGAACCAUCUAUAUCUGUUUCAAGAUUAUUAUCACCAUUACGUCAAUUAGAAUUUGUUGAAUUAUCAUAUUUACGUUUAGAUUCUGGUAGUAGUAAUAGUUUAUCAUCCGAUCUAUUUGGACAAAAUCGUCAAACAUUACGUCAUGUUAAUCUAAGUCAUAAUGCAUUUGUUAAUAUUAGUGUUCGUUUAUUAGAUGAACUAUAUCAGAUUGAAGUAUUAGAUUUAUCAUAUAAUUCAUUAUAUGAACUUAGUUCAGAAUUUUUAUACAUUUUAAAUCAAUAUAGAAAUUUAUCAUUAAUUUUUUUCGAUCAAAAUCCAUGGUCAUGUUAUCGUUGUCAUUUAUUAUAUUUUCGUAAUUGGAUUACAACACCAUAUUCAUCGAUUCAUUCAAAAUAUAAUAAUAAUAAUAAUAAUGAUCGAAUUGAAAAUUUAAAUACAAUAAAUAAUGAUAGUCAAGAAUUUGAUGAAAAUUCUUUAACAUCAUUACCAACAAUCGUUUUGAAUCCAUAUCAAAAAGCAUGUCAAAUAUAUGAUCGUUGUGCUAUUUGUCGUUAUCCACCUAAUUUGGAUGGUAUUCGUGUUGAUUUACUUGAAGAUUGGAAAUUGGAAUGGUGUACAGAUCCAACUGUACAAUUACGUGUUUCAACAACCGAACCAAAUGUUGGACUUGUAUUGGCAUUAUUAAUUAUCAUAAUAUUGAUAAUUGUAAUAAUCGGUGUAAUUGUUUAUUAUAGAAAUCGUGGUGCCAUCUAUUUUACUAAUGAAGAAUUAUUAUAUGGUCGUCAAUCUGCUUAUGAUGAUGGUACAACAACAACCGGUCCAAUUGGUGGUAUUAUGCAUCAAUCAAAUCAUAAAUCAUCAGCAUAUAAUAUAUCGAAUGCAAUAAGAUAUUUUGCAGAUGCAACUGCAUCACCACCAGAUUCAAUGUCGGUAGCAUCGAUUGAUUCAUUAUAUCAUCAUUCAAAUGCAUCACAUCCGCAUCAUUAUCAUCAUCGUAAUUCAUUGCAACAACAACAACAACAGCAACAACGAUCAACAACAACAACAACAAUUGUUGAUCAUAAACCAAUGAAUGGACAAUUAUAUGCACAGGUUAAUCGCUCAUCACUUCGUCGUAAUGAACUACGACCACAAGCAAGUUAUGAAAGUACAACAACAACAACAAUACCAAGAAUAAAAACAGGACAAUUAAAUCGUCUUCAAUCAUCGGAUAAAUCGGUUAGUGGUUCGAUUGCAACAUUACAACGUGAACAUCGUUUAUCAAGUGAUAAUCAAACACAAAUGGAUAAUAAAAGUCAUUCAACAGCAUUGUUACGACAACAAAGAUCACAACAAUCAAUAAUCAGUAAUCAUUCAAUGGAAGAACCGUUGAUUGAAUCGGUACCAAUUUCAACAUUGAAACGUAGCAGUGGUAAAAAAGUAAUCAUGUUAAAUAGUCAACCAACAAUUGAACUUUCUGAACCACCUAAAUUAUCAAAACCACCACCACCACCACCAAUGAAUGGUAAGAAAACAAUAAAAUCAAUACAAUCGAUACCAUCAAAACAAUCAACAACAUCUAAAUCAUUAUCAUUAUCAUCAAAUCAAUCAAGUUUUGGUAAUAAAGAUAAAGGUGGUGGUAAAGAUUCUAUAAAUGAAUCAAAAUCAUCAAAAAGAAAAAAACGAUCCACUAUUGAUACAAGUAAAUCAACACCAUUAACACCACCACCUCCACCACCUCCUACAUCAACUUCUUCUUCCUCAUCUUCGUCGUCGUCGUCCGCAUCCUCAUCCACAUCAUCAUCAUCAUCAUCAUCUUUAAAUUCAUCAUCAAUAUCAAAAUCAAUCGAUCAUCAAGAUUCAGAUGAUGAUCAUCAUGGUCAUGAUAUAAAUGAUUCAGAUGAUGAUGAUGAUAAUUUACCACAAACAUUAUGUCCAUAUGAAGAAGUUGAACAUGAUUCAAUUAAUGAUGAUGAUAAUGAUGAUUCAGAUUCACGUGAACCAUCACCAUCUGGUUCUAUUGAUUUAUCACCACCAACAGAAUUGCCAGCAGCAGCAACAAAACAUCAUCAGAAUAAUAAUCAACAAAAACAACAACAACAAUCAUCAUCAGCAAUUGAACCGAAUGAACCAAUAAAUUGUUCAUCAUCAUUAGAAGAAGAAGAAUCACUUACAACAGCAGCAUUAGCUGAAAAUGGUACAGGGAAUUGUUCACAACUUUCAUCAGCCGGUAGUAUUGGUGGACAUAGUUCAACGGAAUUUGGACCAAAAUCUGAUUGACACAUUUUUUUUGUUU